CGCCCAGCAGAGGCGGUGUUGGCUUCGUUCCCCGCUCCUCACGGCGGCGCUGUUCCCGGGUGACGGAAGGGGACGCCUACUGCGCAUGCUCCCGCUCGCAAGGCCAGGCCGCGUGUCACGUGUUCCUGAGUGCGGAGGGAGCCGGAGCCCGGGCCGUGGCGCCGCAUGGGGGUGGCUGGUUCAGGGGCUGAAGCGGAGCGAGAACCCGCUGCUUGAAGCACCCGAGGCGUUGCUCCCCUGAAAUCUGAUGGCAGAGGGAAAGAAGCUGUUCCUGAAUCGUUGAGUUUGGGUCUUCAGGUUCCUGUACCUCUUACCUUAAGAAAUCUUCUAUUGAAUGCAGUUCCUAGCAAUUCGUUUCACUAAAUAUCCUUUGUCUGCAUGUACAAUGGUAAUUGACUAAGGCAGCUAUUGAAAGGUAAUUUACAAAAUGUCAACGAGAAUAGCUUCUGUCCACGCCAAGUGGAUUAUAGGAAAAGUGAUUGGAACAAAAAUGCAGAAGACUGCUAAAGUCAGAGUAACUAGGCUUGUCCUGAAUCCAUAUCUGUUAAAGUUUUAUAAUAAGAGGAAGACCUAUUUUGCUCAUGAUCCAAAAGAACAGUGCACUGUGGGUGAUAUUGUGCUUCUGAAGGCUUUACCUGAACGAAGAACCAAACAUGUAAAACAUGAACUGGCUGAAAUUGUAUUCAAAGUUGGAAACAUUAUUGAUCCUAUAACGAAGAAACGCUGCAGUGGGAGCAGAAUUAUUGAGCCCCUCACAGACUUUGAUUCAGAUAUGGGGUCUCUGAAUGACCAAUUGGAGAAUUUGGAGAUCAAUGCUACGCAGAGUAAUUCUGAACAUAACACCUCAACAAAUUGAGCUGAGUAAAUGUUAGUAAAUUUGAACAUGUUUACUGUAAAGUAUAUUCAUGUUCUUUAUUAUUCUCAGUAAAUCAGAAUAUAGUUUUUAAGAUGUGAUUAAUAUUUCUCCUAUCUUGUAUUAUCUUUCCCAUGGUUUUUCUAAUCUCAGAAUCAAAUAAACGCAUUUAAUUAUUGCAUGUAA